GACGAUGAUGGUGUAGUGCAUUCACACACAGAGCACCAAGUGCAUAAAAAGGUAGAGGGGAGAGAUAUUUCUUCUAUACGAGAGAGUCGCGCGCGCUGCAUGGCGAAAGACAAGAGAGAGAGAGAAGAGAGAGAAACACGUGGUGGACGCGGAGAGCUCGCGGACGCGAGGGACGUUUUGCUUCUCGCAGUCGGUUAUGCGAAAGCGAGUGGUGUGCCACUACUACGCCAGCACAUAAGUGAAAGAGAAAAGAGUUUCUUUUAGUGGAUGUGUGUGUGCGCGUGUGUUUUGUAUUAUGUGCAGCUUAUAGCGUUUGUGUUUUAUAUGCCCACGAUGGAGCAGCAGCAUCUCGGAGCAGCGACUACCACGCGCCAACGAUAACGACGACGACUAUCAAUUGUCGCACAAAUGUAUACACGAGCGACGUCGUAAAAAAAAGGAUAUAUAUCGAUUUAACAAUGGCUCCUGAGUAUCGUGCCUCGGUCCCCGCCGGUUUGUUUUUGUUGUUAUUUUUACUUCUGAGCGGAGCUCGCGGAGAACCGCUACCCGCGCAGACCAAUCAUCAUCACCACCAUCGCGCCCCCUCCCAGCAGCAUCACAGCCGAAACCCAACGAGUUGGCUACCGAGACACAACGCCCAGUACAAUCCUCAUCACACGCGCCACAAUCACAAUCGCGAAGCUGCCACUCAAACGACGACCACGACGACGACGACCGAACGAGAAGUCGAUUUGUACCCACGAUUUCAGGGCGUGCCGCAGCCAGGGGUGAAGGAAGAGCCGAGCGAUACUUUGACGAACGCAGCAGACAUGAAAAUCAAGACCGAGGGUUUGUCGCUACAGGACAACUUAGACGCAAAAAUAUUCAUCGAUUAUGAGUGCGAAGAUGUUAAACUUGAACCGAAGGCUCAAUCAACGAUCAUCUGUAAAUCUGAAUGUGAACAUUUUCAGCCAUCUGUUAAAAUUGAAAACAAAAAACAAUCCAAUGACACAAAUGGAAGAAGUCUAAUUGCUUUGAUAAAAAAAGACUUCGAUUACGAUGAUAAUUGUCAGUUAAAUGUGAGCUCUCGUUUGAAAUUCGCCAAUUAUGAGGAACUGAAAAAUUGGGAAAAAAUUGUUAAAAAAAAUUCAUCCUUUAUGCUAAAAAAGAAUCCAGAAACUGACACGGGAAAAACAAGUCUGAAAAAGCAUAAAAAUACGAUACUUGAAAAAAUUAGACCAUACGAAUGUAGUAUUUGCCACCAACUAUUCAAAGCCCCAAGCAAACUCAAAAUUCAUGUGAGUAUAGUACAUUAUCACGACAGACCUUUUGAAUGUGAAAUUUCUCAUAAAUCGUUUGGACAAAACAGCCACCUCAAUCAACACAUAAAUACAGUACACAAUCGAAUCAAACCCUUCGAAUGUGAUAUUUGCUACAAAUCAUUUGGACAAAAAAGUACCCUCAAAACUCACAUAACAGUGGUGCAUGAUAGAAGCAAACUUUUCGAAUGUGAAUUUUGUCACCAGACAUUUAGACACCAGGGUAAUCUAAAACAGCACAUAAUCGUAGUACAUGAUCGGAGCAAACCCUUCGAAUGCGAUAUUUGUCAAAAAUCAUUUGGAUACAAUAGUACCCUCAAAAGACACUUAAAUACAGUACACAAUCGUAGGAAACGCUUCGAAUGUGAGAUUUGUUACAAAUCAUUUGGAUACCAGAAGGGUCUCAAGAGACACAUAAAUGAAAUACAUGAUCAUCGCGAAACGUUUGAGUGUGAAAUUUGUCAUAAAUCAUUUGGGCGAAAAAAUAAUCUAAAAACUCACAUUGAUAUAAUACAUAAUCGGAAUAAACCCUUCGAGUGUGAGGUUUGUCACAAGUCAUUUGGACAGAAAGUUCAUCUCAAAGUUCACAUCGAUGCAGUACAUAAUCGCAGCAAAUCCUUAGAAUGUGAGAUUUGUCUCAAAUCAUUUGUAUACUUAGGUAAUCUCAAAAAGCAUAUUUGCGUUUAAUAAUUAGGAAAAAAGUACCCUCAAAACUCACGUACAUGCAGUGCAAUGUAACAAAUCUUUAAAAAAAUUGAAUAAAUCCCAAUAAAUUUGGAUGCAGUACGUUUACAUAAAUCUUCAUAAAUAGUAGAGUAAUAAAACACGCAAGGAGAAAAUAUCGCAGACAACAGCGGCAACAAAGAGGCUUAUAUGGCAUAUACAAGCUGUGGAUCGAGCGAAACGAGCCCGAGCCUUGCCUGUCAGGACUUGACUUCUCAUUACUUAAUACAUUUUUUAUCGAAUUAUUUUCAACGUUACAUCUACUGCUGAAACUUUUUUUUAAUUUCUUUAAAAAAAUCCUCAAAAGGUUUACUUUACACAAAGAUAAAUAAAAAUCCAGUAUCAAAAAGAAUAAACAACAACCUUCUACAAUUUCUCAAAAAUUUCUUGACUGGAUUUUAUAAAAUAUAAUAGAAAAUUGUGAGGUUUCAAUAUAUCAUGAGAUCAUACAUGAACAUAUGACAAUACUGAUUUAACUAAUUCAGAGCCAUGAAAUUUUUCUUUACCUUUUUUACUAAAUAUAUUAUUGAUUGAUUAUUAGAAAUAAA